AUGACCACCCCUCAUACACCUCAAUCACAGAAGUCACAGGUACCACCAGCAGAGACAGUCCUAGUCCCUCGCCACACGGGGGAUCUGAAGUUAAGCCGCGAGGCUGUUCUCACUGAUUUGGGAAAGUAUCUGCAGGUCCCAUUCGUUUCCCUAGUGAAGUGUGUUGGUGCCAUGCCCUCUCAGCAGCAUCUGGAGGAGAUGCGUGACAACUUAAUUCAGAGCAAGAUUCUCACUGACGAUAGCCUGGAAUGGAAGGACUUCAUCCGACCUGUGAAGAUGUCCGAAGAGACAACGUUAAAGCCCCUCAAGGGAAUCAUUUCUGGAAUCUUGGAACAAGUCCCGAGUUGUGGAGUAUCCUACCUAUUGAAUCCAAAUCAAACGCCACUCUCAGAGCGCCACAAUACUUUCCGGCUGGAUGGAUACCUUUUGCGGGCGAGCGAUCAAACUGCGCCCAGGAUGCCUUGGUUUGAUAUCACUGUGCCAUUCAAGUUCAAGAAGGAACGGGGUGCCAAAGCUCUCCGAGAUAACGAACAUAAGAUAAUCUGGAGCAUUCACAACAUCAUGCGCGAGGACCCCUGUCGUCGGUUUGCCUUCGGUAUCACAAUUGAGAUCAUGCAAUUGAGACUGUGGCUCAGUAAUCGUACAGAGCCUAUCAACUGCUUCGAGGGCUUGGAUGGGACCUGGGCCACAGUCGAGCGGAUUCAUGCAGGAGAAAAAAUCCAAUACAAGUUCACAGUUGGCGACGAGGUGUUCACCACGACACGGGAACUUGCCACAUGCGGUGCAGACUCUAUGGUUGGGCAUGGAACUCACGUGUACAAAGCCACGGAUGCUAAGGGAAAGAAGCUUGCCAUCAAAGAUUCGUGGAGAGAAAUUGACUGUCAAUCUGAGGGCGAGAUCCUAGAAAAAAUCUUGGCCUCCUGCGAGAAGAACUUGGGAGCGGAGGAGUUUGCCGAUGCCAAGAGACACUUUGUUGGAGUCCGGGUCUGGAAGGAUGUUACAAUCGACGGCGCCUCGGAUGAGAUGGUGAACCCAAUGGUUGGAGUCGAGCAUAAUGGCAGCUGGAAGUGGGAACCCAUCGAUCUCAAGCCAAUCUUCUCCGAAAGGCCGCAUUUAUCUGCUACGGGCGACAAUGGUAACUUUCUGCCUUCCUUCCCAAGCAAUUGGGCACUGUUGGGCGAAAGGACGCUGGAAUCCCACAGAGAGUCCACGCACGCAUCGUCUUCAAUGAUGUUGGAGUCGCCUGUUUCCCCGACGAUUUACCGAGACUUUUGGGGCUAUUCGGUAAAUCGUCGGAGAAAUAGCGGCUGUCGGAUGUCGGGGGCUCUCUUACACACCCGCCGAUGGGUAGGAGUCUAA